AUGGAGUCACAGACCUUUUAUGUAGAUGAGGCUGAAAACGAUGAUGGUGAUGGUGGUGGUGUGAUACUCGGUCCAUCGGUCAUUGGGAAUAAUGGAGAACUUUCAUCAAAAGUUUUUCCUACUAAAGGCAGAUCAGUACUGGAUACAGUAUCGGUUUUCGGUUUCAUGCUUUUCAUUUUUCAGAUUGGAGUUAAGAUAGAUCUCAGUAUAGUUUUAAAAUCUAGUAGAAAAGCUUUAGCUGUAGGAAUUUUGGGCUUCUUUGUUCCUUUUGGACUAGCCAGUUUCACGGCGUUUCUUCUUGAAAAGUUUCUAUCUUUGGAUCAAGAACUCAUAACUCUGCUUUCAAGGAUAGUAAUUCUUCAAUCUAUGAGAGCUUACCUUGGCAUUGCUUGUUUUCUUGAUGAGCUAAAGAUUCUUAACUCAGAGAUGGGACGAUUAGCUUCUUCAUCUUCGAUUAUAUGUGAUAUUUGUCACUGGACUAUUUUAAGUCUGAAGUAUGCUUUAGAGUUGGCUAAGGCAAAAUCAGUGAGAGUAACUCUGGGGUCAAUGGUUUCUGUUGGUCUUUAUAUCCUUGUUAUCGCAUUUGGAAUCUGUCCAGCAAUUUUGUGGGCAAUCAGACAAACUUCAGAAGGGAAGCCUAUGAAAAAUGUUUAUGUUUAUAUUGUCCUUGUUCUACUAUUAUGGUGUAGUUUCACUGGUGAAGUGAUUGGCCUUAGUUCUAUUGUUGCCUGUUUUCUUUUCGGAUGGAUGAUACCAGAUGGACCGCCAUUAGGUGCUGCAAUAGUUGAAAGACUCGAUUGCUUUGUGUCUGUGUUGCUUGUGCCUCUGUUUUUCACUAUUUGUGGAUUGCAAAUGAACAUUUUCUCGAUAGUGAGGUUGAAAAAUUUAGGAGUGCUUCAGUUGGUUGUGUUAGUUGCUUUUAUUGGAAAGAUCAUGGGAACAAUAUUGCCCCUUCUUUUCUGGAGAGUACCACUACGCGACGCCUUCUCUCUUGCUUUGAUCAUGAACUCCAAAGGCAUUAUGGAACUUGCUUUCUUGAAUGACUUCAAAAAGAACAAAGACAUGAGUUGUAUCACCUCAUAUGAUCCUUCAAGUAGGUACAUUGCCUACAAGAGGAGGACAAUAAUGCAUAGCAGAGAAAACGAUGAAUUUCAUAUACUUUCUUGUAUACACAGCCAAGAAAAUGUUCGUGGAGUCAUCAACUUACUUCAAGUCUCGAAUCCUACAAAAGAGAUUUGCAUUAGUUUAUUAGUCCUCCAUCUUACUAAGCUAACGGGUCAUGCCUCCUCAGUGCUCAUAUCACAUCAAAAGCUUGACAAACCAUCGAUGAAUCCAACACAAUCGGAACGAAUGUCUGGACAUCCUAGUGUAAAAAUGACACUCAUACAUUUCACGAGAUCAGGUAAUGCAUCCGAAAAUAUUGUUGGUGGCUCGGAGAGAAGUAAGGUUCUUGAUUCACAAAUAUUGAGUGAAUUCAAUCUUCGGAACACGUUUCUUUUCAAGAAGCAGAGGUGA